CCCGCCCCUCACAGUCAUAAUUAGACGUUCGUUCCAAGACAGUCACGCUGCUACUCAUUCAACCCUGCAUCACACUCAAUCCUUUCCAGCGGUGCGCUCCAAAUCUUUCUACCUUUCGUCUGGAAAUCUGCGUAUCUGUGAGAAACUGCGGGCUGGUGUUAAUUCACACAUAGCAUAGAAUCUUAGACGUCUGCUGAACAGUAUUUUAGUAGGGCAAGAAAUCUCAUCAUUCAAUGGCUCCCUGCGUAGUGCUACUUUUUUCUCUGUUCGGAGUUAUCAGUGGGCAAGCAGUGACAGGUGGAGAGCAGAUCUCCAUCGAGGACUGCUGCAAAGAUGGUCGAAAUCGUGGCAUCGACAAUGAGGACUGCACAGCCCUGCCUCUCAUUUCAGAGUCCACUACCUGCAGGAUAGUGCAGGAGCAGUGCUGUGCAGCCGUUCUGGAAGAUACCAUCUGCACCAACGGCAUCAACAUGGCCAAGGACCAGGGUGCCUGCGAGACGCUGUACUCUGGGUCCACCUGUGAGACCAAGACUGCUAAGAUGUGCUGUGACUGCUGUCUGCUGGGCCGGGCAGCCCAGGAGCAGGGUUUACCCUGCGACCACAGCCUGUCCCUGGGCUACCAGUGUGGUCUGGUGUCCCGGGCCUGCUGCACGGACGGAGCGCCGGACACCAAGCCCACCCACGCUUCUGAUAAGGACAAUGAAACGAGCACCAAUGGAGACGAGACAUUGCUGAACGACCAGUGUAAAGAAUCAGGGAGGUGUAAUCAGCAGUGUGUGGGUAAUGGCAUCUGCACCUGUUUCAAAGGCUACAAACUCAAACCUGACGAGAAGACCUGUGAAGACAUCAACGAGUGUCUGCUGGGGUCUCAUAACUGCCGCGGGGGCGAGCGCUGCAUCAACACGGAGGGCACCUUCCGCUGCCAGCGAGAGGUCAGCUGUGGAACAGGAUAUGAGCUCACGGACAACAACAGCUGCAAAGAUAUUGAUGAGUGUGAGACCGGGACACACAACUGCGCUCCCCAGUUUGAGUGCCAGAACACGCAGGGCUCGUUCCGCUGCAAGCCCCGCCUCCAGUGUGGACUGGGCUACAUCCAGGACGCCCUCGGCAGUUGCAUUGACAUCAACGAGUGUCUGAGUCAGACCGGUCCGUGUCUCUCCGGGCAGACGUGCAUAAACACAGUGGGCUCCUACACCUGCCAGCGCAACUCUGUCAACUGUGGCCGGGGCUACCACCUCAACGAGGAGGGCAACCGCUGUGUCGACAUCGAUGAGUGUCAGGGUCCGGACGGGGCCUGUUCAGGCCAUGGCUGCAUCAACCUGGUGGGCUCGUUCCGCUGUGAGUGCAAGGCAGGCUACAUCUUCAACAGCAUCAGCCGCGUCUGCGAAGAUAUCAACGAGUGCAGGCACUACCCUGGACGCCUCUGUGCCCACAAAUGUGAGAACGUCCUGGGGUCCUACAAGUGCAGCUGCACCACAGGCUUCAAACUGACCAGCGACGGCAGGAACUGUGAUGAUGUGAACGAGUGUGAGAGCAAUCCCUGCAGCCAGGAGUGUGCCAACGUCUACGGAACCUACCAGUGUUACUGUCGCCGCGGCUACCAGCUCAGCGACACCGACGGCGUCACCUGUGAAGAUAUCGACGAGUGCGCGCUGCCCACCGGAGGUCACAUCUGCUCCUACCGCUGCCACAACACUGCCGGAAGCUUCCACUGCACCUGCCCCGCGGCCGGCUACACCCUGGCCCCCAACGGCCGCAACUGCCAGGACGUGGAUGAGUGUGUGACGGGCACACACACCUGCUCCGAGACGGAGAGCUGCUUCAACGUGCAGGGGGGCUUCCGCUGCCUGGCCUUCGAGUGUCCGCCCAAAUACCGCCGCUCUGGGGAGACCAGGGCGAGGGUGGAGCGUUCUGACACCGUGCGCUGUGUGAAGUCCUGCCCGGCCAACGACAUCAGCUGCGUCCUGGACCCGGUGCAGUCAGUCUCCCACACUGUCAUCUCCAUGCCGACCUUCAGGGAGUUCACCAAGCCGGAAGAGAUCGUGUUCCUGAGGACCAUGUCGCCGGCACACGGCUCCUCUCAGCUGGGAAGCAAUGACAUCGUCUUUGACAUCCUGGAGGGCAACGUCCAGAACUCCUUCGACAUCCUCAAGCGCUCCGAGCACGGCAUGAUCGUGGGGGUGGUCCGGCAGGUGAAACCGCUGAUCGGCCCCAUGGACCUGGCGUUGAAGCUGACCAUGAACUACGUCAACGCGGGGGUGGUGUCCCACAGGAACAUGGUCAUCGUCCACAUCUUCGUGUCAGAGUUCUGGUUCUGAGCGGAGGUUGGCUGCUCGCUUCAGCCGCGGUGUUCCCUGUCUGAAGAUGUCCACUCUCUGCGUCUCCAGUAUUCUCUGUGUCAGCGCGGCUUUAACCUCCGGGAUCACCUCAGACAGAGGAUGCCAUGAAGGAUGCCCAAGUGGCAAAGUUCAAGUAAAUGACACACACACAGACACACACACACACACAUACACAAAAACACACCAUUUAUGGAGGUUGUAAAGAAGAGAGACAAGACACAGGAGCAUGAUCCCUCAAACACAACUGUUCUUCACCUAUGCUUAAUCGGAUGAAAACAAACCACUAGCUGCUUGGAAACCUUGUUUAUGGAAACAAAGCACUUAUCUCUGAGGUUAAGUCUUCUACUGCAUCUGGCUACCAGAGCUACAUAAGAAGACACCUUAUAUACUGUGCUGUCAUGUUCAAGAUUAAAUAUCCAAGAUGUAAUGUGAAUAGAAAUUGCAUGUAUUAAGUUGGAGUGAUAAAAUAGUUGAAUGUAAUACUCUUAUCCAUAUACAGGUUUGUCUUUCAUUUUAUUCUAACUGUAUGCUUUGCAUAUAGAGCUAUUAUAAUAAACAGUCUUAUUUUUAAAA